GCUGAAUUGCAAGAACUUGCAAGUAGAGAAAAGAAUACAGUCUACGAGAGCACACCGUCAGCCCGGCCCGAAGACGUAGUGACUGCAGAUUCCAGCAUCGACGACUACCAGAAUCUCUCGGGUGCAAAAUCCAUUCGAGAGAAGUUCCAGGACCCCAGCAAACUACAGCAUGAAGUGAAGAAGACAGUGAGUUCUGCGACAACAAAGCUCACCGUGCUCUAUUCAUUCACCUUAGUUUGA